AGCGUGUUUUUGUUUUCAUUAUUCAGUGGAACGAGUCGCGUUUCGCUCGUGCUCCACGUUUUCAGUUAAAAUCCCAAUUAAAUCCUCAAAAAUAAUGGUCAAAGCGAAGCGAAAGCAACCCCCGGUGGUGGCCCCUCCCCAGGACGACGACAGCGGUUCCGACUACGAAGUGGAUCGCGUCAUCCUGCCCGCAAAAGUCCCCAAAACCGUGCAGGAAGAAUUUCCUCUACCGAAGCAGGUACUCCGAGAAACCCGCCGGAAAGGCGCCCCCGAACCGGACACGGAAAGCAGCAGCGAAGAGGAGGAGGACGACGAGGGUGGAAAUCUGCCGACCCUCACCAAGUCCCAGAUUGCGGCCAUUCUGCAGACGAUCAAAAACAACAAACGGCUCGUGCUGAACAUCUCCAACGUGAACUUCACCACGGCCAAGGAGGAAAUCUUCGAGCACUUUGAGAAGGCGGGUCGCGUCAAGAGCGUCCGGAUACCGAAGCGACGGUCGGCCGGAUUUGCCUUCGUCGAGAUGGUCGAUCCGGAGGGCUUUCAGCGGGCGUUCCUGCUCGACGGGAGCUUCCUGGACGGGCGCCAGAUUCGCGUUCGGUUGUCGGAAAGUGGCAAAAAGAAGUCCCACCAGAAGAUUCUGCUGCUGGAGCAGAAGAACGCGGAGAUCCGCAAGAUGAGGAAGAAGAACCGGUCGGAGAAGGAGGCGACGGCGGUGUCGUUGACGCCGAAGGCGCUGGAACCGAAGGUGAAGGAGCGCGAUCCGAUUUUGGACCGGAAGAAGGCGAAACCGAAGACGAAGAAGGACAUUAAGGCGCACAACAAGAAGGUGUCGAUGCGGGCCAAGGUGAGGAACAUGGAGCGGAAGGGAAUAAAGCUUUGAGCAGAAUUAUGAAUAUUUA